AAUUUUUUUUUAGUUCUUCUUUUAGUGAGAUUUUUUUUUUAUGUAAAUGCGUUUCUUCACUUCGAUGAUUUACACAUUUCUUCCUUGACUGAUGUGGCUCUUCAAGGCUUCGUUGGAUGAUAAGUUGAUUAAUGAACAGUUUCUUCGUUAUAAUUCAGAAUUGGAAAUUGGACGCUCAGAAGAUUACAGAAAUGAUCCAAACUCAUUGUUGAUUGAAGGCCUUAAAGUUCCAAAAAACUUCUUCACCGUCAAAGUAAUGAGCCCCAAUGAUGGUCCAGUGACUCCUUUAUUCAUUCGGAUUCGAUCAAGAAUGCCUUUGAAAAUCAAUGAUAGUAAAUACUAUUUAAAAGAAGGUGAAUCACCACUCAUAGUUGACUUCACUGAUCGUUUCACAGACCGAUUUAUAGACCAAGAAAAUCAUCUUCGAUUCAAAAUCGAAAGAGGUAGUUCCAAAAUGUGUCAAAUCACCUUGAAAUGGGUUCCAUUCAAUAUUUAUCCCUAUAGUGGCCUUGUCCUGAUCAAUAAUAUUCAACAACAAAAUCCUUUGGUUUCGAAAAUACAGGAGGUUUGCAAUUUGAAAAUAGAUUUAAGACUAUGUGAAGACAUAUUCCUGGCUACCCAUUACGUUACUCUUCUGAGUCAAAAGAAUCAUGAAUUGAGAAUCGCUUUACUGAGAGGUAUUCCAAUCGUAUAUUCAACAUGGCUUGAUUGCAUUAAAGAUGAAUUUAAUGACAUCAAAAAGUGGUCUAUUAACUUAUCUAACUUCUUACCCCCUUCUCGUCGCGGUGAUAAUCUGUAUAUGAUUCCGAGUCAAAGUCGAGAUAGCUUGUUUCAGGAUUCUUUCAUGGUCGUCUUUGUUGAUGAUACAAAAAAGAAAACUAGAGAAUUGGUCGAAUUAUUGGGGUGCUUAAGUGCUCUGAUUGAAAGACUCCGAAGUGAUAAAUACUUCAAAUCAAAUAAGCUUGACGGCGAUUUAUUGAAGGAAGAUAUAAAAAAAAUAUCAAAAGCUUAUAAUCCUGAGCGUCAUUGUUUUAUUAUGACAGAAUUGAAUGAAGACCUUACUUUUACAUCUUCUUUAAAGUCUUUUGCGGAAUCUUUAAAUGGUGAAAUAGUAACAGAAGAAUCUCUUUUCAAUUGCAUUAAAUAUAAUUCAAAAUCUUCCCUCAAACCUUUAUGUUUAUCGCAAAACGAGACGGAUACUCAGAUAAGAAGAAGAAAACGUCGUAAAAUUGAAAAAGCAAGUGGAUUAGAUUUCUUUGAUUUCACACCAAGUAUUUCGACUCCGGCUCCCAAUGAAACUCAAACUCAGACACAGCAGAUUGGUUCAUUUCCUCAUUCACCAAUAACCAUAGACGAAUCUUCUCAAAAGCAAAAUACUGAAACUGAUAUUAGAAAAACGCUUCAGUCAGCACAGAAAGCCAUGACUGAAUCCACAAGGGCUCUAAAUGGAAUAGAACGCGGCUCAAUCUCCCCUGUGUCUAAGCAACAUGAACCAGAAGGAUUUGAACCAACAGAACCUGAACCAAAACAACCUAAGCCGAAAGAACUAGAAUUAAACUUUAUGGAACAUAAAGGAUUGGCAAUUGAAGAAACCACUGAAAGCUCUAGCAAAAGGUCCGCGCCUUUAGAAUUACGCCAUGAUCAACCUGACCGCAAAAAACUAAAACUAAAAGAACCUGAAAAAAUCGGGAAAUUCAUGCCUUCGAUUUCGUUAAUUGACGCAAUAAGAAAUACAAAAGAAGAGCAAGAGCAGGUUGUUAAAAAGGAGCUAGGACUUGAUGGAAGUGAUCAACCCCUAGAUGAAAAGCUUAAAGAUCUAGCAAUAGUAGAAUUGUUCGAAAUAAAAUUGAGAAGUCCAAAGCUGUCUGAAGCUGAACGGACACAUCUGUCUUUCAAAGGACGUAAAAAUUUCAAAAGAUUUAACAAAAACCAGAAAUCCAAAUCAGCAUUGUCGAGAUCAUUUUUAGACUUGGAACCAAUAACACUUGACAAUAAAAUAACCUUCAAAAGUGAGGACCAGGGAGACACGGAUGCAACAACUGAUUUAGAACUGAAUAUGACCAAAGAUUUUGAUGGACUAAUGGAUGAUGUGAAUGGAUACCAACCUCAGGGACCGGCUUUUGUUGAGCAUGAUGAGAAAAGUGAUAAUGAAGAAGGAUUCUCAUUCGGUAAAGGAGAAAGCCUAUUUGUACCUGCUGACUCACAAAACUCACCAGCUAAACCCAGACACAUUCCAAUUAGGAAAGUAAGUCAUGGGGGUAAUGAUAAUGACGAUGAUGAUGACGACGAUGAUGACGAACCAAGGUUUGCCUUUUCACGUUAGCUAAAUAGCGUUAAUAA